UAUGUAGAGUUUUGUUUUCAAAAAGUGGGUCUUGGUUCUACUCAUGUGGUGACUCUCUUGGAUAAGUUAAAGCUUCUUUACAAAGAAUAUGAGAGAGCAUCAAAUGAUAUAUGCAUGACCAGUAGUAGUUCGGAAGAGGCCUUUGGAGAUGUUCGUGAUGAUGAGAUGCUUGAGUUUGAACAGUUUGAGAGCCAAGUAGUUUCAGUCAGUAGGACCAAGUCUGAAUUAGAAGAGUAUUUAGAUGAAAAGAUACUUUCUUGGAAGAAAAAUGAGAAACUGAAUGUUCUUGAAUAUUGGAAAGUAGAAUCUGAGAAGCGUCCUCAAUUAUCCAUGAUGGCUCGUGAUAUACUCAGUAUCCCUAUUACUUCAGUGGCCUCUGAAUCUGCUUUCAGCAUAGCUGGUCGUGUGCUUGAUAAGUACCGUAAUCGUCUUCUUCCGGAAAAUGCCGAAGCUCAAAUAUGCCUUGGUUCUUGGUUAGAGGAGGUUCCUUCUUUGGAAGAUAUUGAAGAAGGACAUCUGUUGGUGCAUGAUUUUAGUGAUAUUCAAAAUUUUGAAUCUGAAGGAGGGUGGUGAAGUGCUUGUUAGAAGAUUUGUCAUCUAUUAAGUUUGAGAUGCUUGAGUUAUACUGCACAAACCUGCAAUUAAGAGCUUAAUUAAUUUGGACUAUACAAGGUCUCUGCUUGUAGAAGACUCUCAGGGGUGUUUAGAUCAAACAGGUUUGCUUUUUUCUCUUUAAUUACUAGCUCAUUCAAGCAUUCCCUUACCUGCUUUUUUCAGACUUGCAUCAGUUGUGUCCGCAUAUAGCGCUGAUUGUGUUUGU